UUUACAAAAUUAUUGAAAGAUUCGUUAGUAAAUUGUAUGAAAAAUUUUUUUAAUAAUAUAUUGAGAAGAUUUGCAAAAGAAAAUAUUAAAAUGAAUUAUCGUAUUCUUUCUCGUUACCAUGGAGCUACAAAAUAAUUGAUUUAAUAAGAAAUAUCAUUGCAUACUGUUCCUUAAAGUGACGUACAAAUUGUUCGUGUAUAAUCAUAAGUAGAAGUUGAUUGAUAAAAAUGCAAGCUAAAAAAAAAAAGGUCAAAACUAAAAAAGUAAAGAGAAAAUAUUUAGAUGAAAAAGAAACUUUAUCUUAUGAACAAGAAAUUUUGGAUAACAACAGACAAUUAGCACGAUUAAGAACUGAAAAUGAAAAACUAGAAGAAGAAGCAAUACGUAUAAAAGAAAAAUUCCAACAAUUAGAAGAGGAUCGUUCGGAUAUUAUAGCAUAUUUGAAAAGAAGUUUAGAAAACAGAAUCGAAGAAUCGAAGGAACUUUCUGAGAGAGUUGCUGUUUUGGAAGAAUUGCGAAAAGAUGAAUUAGCUGCGUUUAAGAAAAAGGAAGAUGCAAUGCAACUGGAAUAUAAGACAAUGGAAAAUAAUUUAAGCGCAGAAGUUAAAUUAGCUGCUGGUAAAUUAAAUGCAUUAGAAGAUUGGCGAAUAGCCCGACUUGAUUUGAUGAACAAAUUUGAGAAACAAGAGAAGGAGAUGGCUGAACAAGAAAUGCGUCAUAAAGAGGAACUUUACGAAGCCGAAAAAUCUAUAGUUACCAAAAAAGACAUGAUGCAAAAAGAGAUGAAGGAACAGUUGCAAAUUUUAUCGGAAAGACUUCUGAAAGCGGUUACACUACGAAUAACAGAAAUUAUCAAUCGCACGAUUCGUGAAAACGUAGCAUUGAAUCGUGAUCUAGAUAAAUUGCUGGAAACAAAUAAGAAACUCGAAAAUAUUAACAUCGAACACAAAAAAGUAGAACAGAUAUUAAAGUUGAAAUGGCAAAUAUAUGAAAAGGAGGCGAAAAUUACACAAAAUAAAAUAGUAAAACAAAGAAAUGAAAUGCAUAAAAUUGUUAAGAAUUUUGAAUCUCUUCUAAUAUAUUAUGGAAAUGCAGAAAGAAGUAAUGUUCGUCUUAAACGAUUAGAAGAUAUUUUGGAAGAUAAAAUUAAAGAAAAUGAUAUAUUAGAAACGAAAAUAAAGAAAUGUGAAAAGAAUAUCAUGAAAGCUAAAGAUGAAAGUGAACGAUUAACGAAAUUAACUGUAAAAAGAGAGAAAGAAUUGAAAUCUUUGAAAAUUGUUUUAGAUAAAGCUACUACUUUUCUUAACAAAGCUAUAGAGGUUCUAAAAAUGCAUGAUUUUAUCUAA